GUAACCUCAAUCAAUUUUAUAACAGGGUUGUCACGUACGUUCGGCAGCUAACGCAUGAUAUAUUUGCAGGCGUAAAAUUUCUUCAUCGCAUCGGUUUGGCUAUCUUGGAUUGUACGCGCGAUUACAUUCUAAAGAGUUGCCCGUCAUCAUCAGAAAUUCUUGGAUUUCUGUUGCACAUACCGCACGAACUAUUGACACCCGAUCUACUUUUGGAAGCGACUUUUAAGAUAAAAUUGAAACGCAGUAACAUCGAAAGGAUGACAAAAAUAGCGAUUGAAAUUGAAAAAAACAAUAAUUCGGGUACUGACACUCCGAAUCCAAUUCAUAGCGUCGUUAAAGAUAGAGAAGCGAUAAAAGCGAUUAUGAAGAAAGUUAAGGGUGCAGACAAAUUGAAGAUCGAUGGAAUUGAAUUUAAGAUGAUUGGUGAGAGUGGCAAUUCAUAG